AAUGAUGAGAGAUACAAAUGCCAAACAACCUGUCUCACCACCCCCCGCAGCUCCUCACUGCCCUAAGGGGAAUGCGGGGUUCGCCAUAAGGGGGGCGGGCGGCUGCGACCCUUACUAUAUUUAAUGGGGGGAAUGGGGAAGGGCCCAGGGGCAUAUGGCGCUCUGCCAAGCCCGCCUCUGGUCAGCAGUCUGUAGAUAGCCUGUCAGUGCGGUCAGCCGUGGGCUUGCCCCUGGGUCGCUAUAGCAACGCGUCCUCCUCUGUGGGAGUCACCGUGUGAGUGAAGUGCUGCGGGAGCCGGAGCCGUUUGUUUGUACAGUACGUAUAGUGUCCGGUCCAGUCCGUUCUACCCGGUUUCGGUGUUUAUUCUAUAAAAGGCAAGAUGUAUGAUCGUGCCCCCCGAUCGCUUGUUGUCACUGUGGGCAGCACUCAGGAAAAUGUGGGCCCAGGAUCCUAUGAGGUCUAUUCUGACAAAAUGCACAAACCAGCAGGCUAUGCCCCCUUUUUAUCAGUAGCAAGUCGAGAUUUCACUUUUAAUGCCCCGCAGACAAUUUCUGCUGCACCUGGACCAGGACACUAUGACAUCUUUAAUGUAAAGGAAAAGGUAAAAGGAGGACAAACUAUCCAGAACAAAGAAAAGCGUUUUCAAGAGUCUGUCUCCUCUACGCCUGGACCUGGUGCAUAUGAUCCGCAGCUUGGAAUGGAUAUAGAUGGAACAAAGAGGUCCUCUCCAAAACCCCAAAAAAGAGCAAAAAGCAAUGUUAAAAAGCUUCCAAAUGCCAGUGCUCCAUCCAUUCCAACGCCUGGACAAGCCUUUGGCUAUGAAGAAAUUGCAGAUGGUUCCCUUGUCAGACAAAAUCCAGCUGCCAUGGACAAUACAUUGGGGCCUGCCUUCUACCAUCCUACAAAUGCAGAGGCAUAUGCAACAAAGAAAUACCGAGGUGUGCACUUUGGAAAAUAUUCAGGGAAGCGCACUGAAUUUGAAAAUCUUGAUGGACCUGGCCCAGGGGAAUAUGACAUAGAUCAGGAAAGUGCUCUGCAUUAUGAGAAUGUCAACUCCAAGAAGGAAGACAAGAAGAAAUAUGAGCCAUUCAUUCCACGGUAUCACGAAGUAAUCGUAUUACAGGAAGAGAAGAAGGGUGUACCAGGACCAGGAAAAUAUGAAAUUCCGCGCCAUUUUGAUGUUUCCAACAGGUUGACAAAAUCUGCUGAUGUUCCUAAGCCACCUUUUCUUUCACAAUCCAAAAGAUUCCUACCUGUGAAAUCCAUCACUCCAGCACCAGGCGCAUAUAAUGAACAGCGCACAGCACUUGAGGCUUUGAAGAAAACAUCAAGUAUGACACAAUCACCGUUUGGCCAAACUGCAGUCCGAUUUACUCAGGUCUCAAGGAUGGAGAAAACGCCAGGUCCAGGUUCUUACAAUAUAUUUAGCUAUGGCAUAGCAAAUGACAGCUUGAAGAAAGCCAAUCAGGAGGGCCUAACCAAAGCAGCAUUUGGAUCUUCUUCUUCCCGUGCCUUGUACAUUUCAAACAAAGACGCAGUGUGGACCCCAGGGCCAUCACAUUAUGUUGUUAAGGACAGGAUUGAAGAACCAUACAAACAUAAAAAAUCAUCUGUAUUUUCAUCAGGAACAGAAAGACUGACUACCCAAAUAACUGCAAAGGAUAUACCACCACCUGGCUCCUAUAAUGUUUCGGAAUCCUAUGAAAAACUUUAUGGUAAACCUAGACACAGGCCACCGAGAACAUUCCAAGCUAAAAGAAAACAAGCUUCUUUUCUAAGUGUGGUUCCGAGAGAUUUUACCUUGCAGAAUGAUUUUCACGUACCAGGACCAGGAGCCUAUGACCCAGUGAAGCAGCUAGUUAUACAAACUCCAUCAUCUGUCCCAAGAGAAGAGCGUUUCAAAGAACCAAGGGAGAUUACUCCAGGGCCUGGAUCCUAUGAGAUGAGUCCCAUCUUUAAGGACACAGUGCUUAAAGGGACAUUUAAUGCCACACUUCCAAACCCUUUGCUAAGUCACAUGGAAAUCCCUUCCAAAAAACAAGCAGAAAAUCUUCUAUUCUGUCUGAGUGUAUGAUUUGAUAUCAACAACUAUACAUGUUGCCUGUCGGGAGCUACAUCCUGCAAUCUGCACUUCUACGGAUUGGAUCCUGCAUUACUGUUCACUGUGAAGAGACCAUCACAUGGCUCAACAAACUACAAUAUGCGACCACUUGCAACCGGGGGAAAAUGGCUAUUAUUACUGAUUGUUUGUUUUUACCUAUAAUACAAAUAAAUUUAAUAAAAUU